AUGUCCGUCAAAUCGCCGUCCCAGUCGCUUCUCGAGUCAUUGACGCUAAUAUCUCAAGGCGCCGAAGCCAAAGUCUACAAAGGAAGACUUGAGGCCAAUGAUGGUCCGGUGCUCUUGAAGUAUCGUUUCAAAAAGCACUAUCGGCACGCGGCCCUUGAUACUUCCUUAACGAAGUCGCGUGUGGCGGGCGAAGCGAGAGCGCUCCUGAAAUGUCUCCGUUCAGGAGUGAACGUACCUGGCGUGCGGAUGGUUGAUGCCUCCGAAGGACUGCUGGGGAUAGAAUGGAUCGAUGGAAAAAGUGUUAAGAGUCUGCUCCCAAGUGGGGCGGUAGAGGAGUACGAUGAAGAUCAAGAGUUGCCUGAUGAUGUUGACGAUGAGGGCGAACAUCCGUUGUCUCGUUUUGAGAUCUCGUCAGACACUCUUAUGGAUCUCAUCGGCGUGGAGAUUGCAAAAAUGCACUUAGCGGAUGUCAUACAUGGAGACCUGACAACCUCGAAUAUGAUGCUACGAUAUCCUGUCGCGAAUGCUCCCACAGAGCUCGUCCUGAUCGACUUCGGUUUAUCCUACCAUUCGACAUUAAUUGAAGACAAGGCGGUCGAUCUCUACGUGCUUGAACGUGCAUUUGCUUCCACUCAUCCGGACUCCGAACCAAUGUUUGCAUCUGUUCUCUCUGCUUACGCGGCGCAGCUGGGAAAAGAUUGGCCUGCACUCCGUCGCCGACUUGAUGAUGUGCGUUUGAGAGGUAGGAAACGUAGCAUGGUUGGAUAG